CCUCGAGGAGAACGUGGACCACCUGGACCGCCGGGAGCAUCAGCGCCGUACUAUCGUCGUAGGACUACUGCCGCUCCGCCACAUCCGUUGGAUGCACGACUUCAACGAAAACUUCGUGCCUUCGGCAUGCUCUACUCGCCGGACGGACAGGCGAUUCAACUUCGGGGAUCGCCUGGGCCACCUGGACCACCGGGCACCAAAGGCGCUCGUGGAUAUCCUGGUUUUCCGGGUCCUAUAGGUUUGGAUGGCCCAAGAGGCUUACCGGGAACUCCAGGAGCAAAAGGAGAACGCGGUGAUCGAGGUCCUGUUGGACCACCCGGUUAUCCGGGUCCGAAAGGUGACCGUGGUGGCCCUAUCCAUGGUCAGAUACAGCAGAACAUUUUAAGGUUGGAUCCCGCCAUGCCGAAUUCACCGCUGAUGAUACAGGGGCCACCAGGACCGCCUGGCCCUCCAGGUCCAAUGGGUCCUGUUGGUCCCGAAGGAAAACCUGGAAUAAAAGGUGACCGCGGUCUACCUGGAUUCGACGGAGAAAGCAAGGUCGGACCAAAAGGAGAACAUGGUGAGCCCGGUCGUGACGGUAUCCCGGGACUGCGUGGACCUCCAGGCGAACGCGGAGAAAAGCCAUCAUCGCCACCGCCCAAGCUCAUGCUGGUUCCUGGGCCACCUGGACCUCCAGGACCACCAGGAACACCAGGAGCACCUGCACCUCCUGCACCACCAGUAUUCUGUCCUCCGGGACCACCCGGUGCUCGCGGACAGGAUGGACGACCCGACAACGGCGAGAAGGGAGAUCGAGAUCGUGAUGGACCUCCCGGACCGCCAGGUAGAGACGGAGUAAAUGGCGAGAAAGGCGAAAAGGGUGAGAUGGGAGCGCCGGGUCCGAUGGGACCACCAGGUCCCGAGGGAAUGUCCGGCAAACGAGGACGACGAGGGAAGCCCGGGGAACCAGGGGUCUGUAAUCAGACUUGCCCCACCUCGAGAGGACUUGAUGACCCGGAGGCUCUUGCUCGAGAUCUUAUGCCGGUCAUUAGACGAGAACUCAAGGAAAUCCGUAUCAAACACGGAUAUCCUGGGCCACCAGGUGUGCCUGGACCACAGGCAAGUCCUGCCUUUACAAUUGGUUCUUUAAAGAUCAUGCUGUUGAUCCGCUCUAUUCAGGGACCUCCUGGACAGAUUGGACCAGCUGGACCACGAGGCCCACAAGGUCUACCGGGUCACGCAGGAGAGAAGGGCGAUCGAGGAGAGAUCGGACCACCAGGACUGCCUGGACAA